AACAUCGAUUACUUUCUAAAAAAAAAAAAUUCUCAUUAUUCUCAAUAUUCUGAGCUGCACACAGAGCUCGUCAGUCUAAAAAUCUAAAUUAAUAAAUAGAAACUAGAUUAUCUAGAAUCUAGAAAAAAAACCUAGACUAGUCCUUAGAUGACAGAUCUAGAGUAGGCAGUUAACAUGAGUACAGAAUAAGCUGUUACAAAAUGUGCAACAUUCCAGAAAAAUCAGUUGUGAAGAUUUCUUGAUUCCCAUUUCGUCAGAAGCAGUCUGUCAUUUCACCUUCAGUGUGUGAUGGAUCAAAACAUUCACCCUCUCUCAAACGUAGGCAUUCUACUCCCCAUAAAAUCUGAACCAGGCACUAUCUUUGCUGAUAAAAGUAUAGCCACCUUGUCAACAUCUCCAGAUUCCUCCUCCACAAGAAGUACACUACCCAUCUGCAAUAACACCUCUAAGAUCAGCACCUUGCCAUUUUUUGGUGACAGUUUAACGCAUUUAACCAAGCCGUCGUCUAGUCAAAUUCUUACAGAGCAUGUAGGCCAAAACCUUGUACAGGAAGGGCAUAGAAUUUUUUUGCUCAACGGUGGGGAGAUUAGUUUUCUUCCUUUUGACGACAGCUUACAGUGCCACGAUGGUCAGGAGAUCAGUGUGGUACAGCUUGAUGGGCCGCUAGAUAACAAAUGGAGCCAAGAAAUAUUCUGUGAUUCCCCAAACAAAAAUGAUCCGCUCGAUGACUCUGGUAUCCACCAUAAAGCAGAACAAGUGGGUUACGCAUCACAAACUUCACGUGAACUAAGCAAUAGCUACCUAAAUAUUAAAACAACUCUAUCCGACUCUGAAAAUGUAAUAGAGGAAGAAAGACCUUUUAAGUGUGAUGUUUGUAGGUAUCAUUUCUCCAAUAAAUCCGAUUUAAAACGGCACUCUGCAGUACAUUUGUCUGUGAAACCCUUCAGCUGUGAAUUCUGCGGGAAGGGCUUCUCAAGGAAAGACAAACUCAACACGCAUUUAAAAAUGCACACUGGGGUAAAACCUUACAAAUGUGAUAUAUGUGGAAAAGCUUUUAUCACAAAAUCCCGUUUGAAUGCACAUUUGAAGAUACAUGUGAAGGAUAAAAGAGUGAGUUGUAAACAAUGUGGGAAGCACUUUUCAACUAGGAUAAAGUUGAGGAAACACAUGCGAAAGCACGCAAAGGUUAAAAAAUUUAAAUGUAACAAGUGUGUUCAGGUGUUUAUCAGUGGUGACAAGCUUGUUGAGCAUUAUAAAAGUCACAGUGCAGAAAGUUUAAACAAUUGUGGUGUCUGCUGCCAGUCAUUUCCCACUAGACAUCAUCUGGUCAUGCACAAAAAGACACAUGUGAAAAACAAUCCGUAUGAGUAUAUAACAUGGGAAAAGGAUAUCAUAAGUGUAAAACAAAAUCAUAAAUCAGCCUUGAGUGUAAAAAUUGUAAAAAAAGAACCUGGGGCCUACUCUGAAUGUAUUCAUGCUGAAAAUGACAAUAAGCAGCCGAGAUCAAAAAGGAGGUACCAAUGUGAUAUGUGUGAUAUGACAGGAUUUAAAACCAAAUUUAGGCUGAAAGAACAUAUAAAAUUCCAUGUGGAGGAAAAGCCCUUUCACUGUGAGAGCUGCGACAAAUACUUCACCAGCAAGUGUCAGAUAAAUAGACACAAUUAUUUAACUCACGCGGAUAGAAAGCCUCACUGUUGUGAUAUAUGUGGAGACAGUUUUAAAUUCUUACCAGAGUUAAAGCGGCAUUUGCGGAUACAUGGCGGAGAGACGUCAUAUAAAUGUGAUAUAUGUGAGAAACUGUACGCAGAGUUGCACCAGUUAAAUAAGCACCGUAAGAAGCACUUUAUGGUGAUACCCCACCGGUGUCGAGUCUGUGAUAAGGAGUUUGAGGAUAAGAAUGACUAUGAGGUUCAUAAACUGGAACAUAAAUCCAGUAAAAGCUACCAGUGUGAGGUGUGCGGAGUUCUCUUCUCGUUUUUAGGGGCCUUAACCAAGCACAAACUGCUGCACACUGGGGAACAUCCAUUCAGAUGUAACGUCUGCGACAAAUCUUUCAAAUACAAAUACGGGCUGAAGCGCCACGAAGAAAAACAUUGCGGGGACACUGCCAAGCCGUACGUUCCUAAAUCCAACGGUCAAAAACUUUUCCAGUGUGAUUCCUGCCCCCGAGUUUUUAAACACAAAACAGACUACAUCAGGCAUAACAUGAACCACACUGGGGAGAAACCGUUCAAGUGUGACUUGUGCGAGAAAAGCUAUGCCCGGAGAGAUAAGUUAAUAGUCCACAAGCGAACUCAUACUGGAGAAAAGACGCACCAGUGCGACAUCUGCGGCAAGUUGUUCUACCACAAGCACCAUGUUUUAAAGCACAAGCAGACGCACAACAGGCCUAACUUGAACCUGGGGACUGAUCUUACAGUCACUUAUGAUAAUAGUGACCAGGUUAUAGUCCUUGAGGGCAUAGAUUUGACAGAUUUUGAUCCUCAGUUUAUUGGAUAAUCUGGGCAUUAUCAGAUGCCUUUUGGUACUAUUAGCAUAAAUCUAAAGUGCUGUAGGAAAUGAAAACUCAGUUAAUUUAACAACCAUGUAAUAGAAUUUGGAAAACCAACAAUAAUGUUUAUACUGAAUGUUGUAUAAAUAAUUUUUUCUCGUUAAAUUAUUUUAUGAUUCUCUUAAACAAAUUUAACUUAUUUAUUAAUGGUGAGCUUUCUGUGUCGUAAAACAAUUUUAAUGUUACAUCCCACUAAUAGACCUAUUAUAUUUAUACUUUUAUAUUUUUCUGAUUGUAUUUUUCUGUGAAAUUGAUUUUAUGAAAGCAAUUUCUAACUCUUACAUACAAUUUGUUCAAUUUAAUUUUUUUAAAUUAAAUAUUGUAAUAAAUUAGAAUGACUAUAAUAUUAAAGCAUCACAUUAUGGGUUGUCCAUAAAUGAUGUCACAAUGCAAGAGGUGGAGGUGUUCAUACACUUUUGAUGUCCUGUGGCUGGUCACAGAGAGGAAGGGGUCAUGACAGUGAGUCAUAGUAUUGGGAGGGGAGGGGGGGGGCUUUAUAUGAUAUGGUGGUUGGAGCAUACAACUAUCAGAGUGUAGAAUAUGGGCAACUAGGAGGCCCCCAAAUCCUAUUUUCUACUAUUUAUUAUUUAUAUUGUAAAAACUUUAGUCUAUCAAAGGUUACAAUCUUUUUUCUUAACAUUUUAGGGGGGGGGG